UAGGCUAGACUGCCAGAGUCGUGGAAGUUUCAGGAAUGGAUGGUGGAGAAUGUGUAUCGCCAUUUUAUCUGUUGGAGUUUGUGUUGGCUUAGGGGCUUGGAAUCUAUGGACAACAGCUCGAGAUACGUCGCAGAAAACAUUCAAUUAUAAAGAAUCAGAAAACAUAUUUUUCUCCGAAACUUCUGGAAGAUGCUACCUGACCACCAGAGAAUCAUGUAGUAUUGAAUCUGCAGCAAAACAUAAUCCAACUUCCCGGAUCCGAUUCAUCUACACUUGUAAUAACCUCAAGGAACUGAUAAAAGAUAAAGUUUUUCAAAUAAUCUAUCGUAUGAGAAACGUUGAGGCUGUACAACUGAACGUUCUACAAGAUUUCUCAGAAUUUCCCUUAGCUAAAUGGUAUCAGAGCGAAGACUUUGAGAAAACAAGGAAUAAGCCAGUAGGUUUGUCUGAUGGCUUGCGAUACACGUUAAUAAGAAAAUUUGGUGGCACAACCAUAGACACUGAUUGCGUUUCACGCAAACCGCUUCCUUCCUUAUCUGCUUUCGCAGGUUUCCAGUCUGGAUCGGUAGUAAAUGGCGCAGUAAUACGAGCUCAGAAAGAAAGUCCGUUUAUUAUCGAAUGCACGGAAAGGUUUGUCAGUGAGUACAGUCCGACCACGUGGGGCCACAAUGGACCUCGCUUACUUACUCAACUCUUCAAGGAAGCUUGUAAGAGAGAAACCAAACGCUAUUCCACUAACACCAAAUGUUACAAUGUUUAUCUCUUUCCACCUGCAGCGUUUUAUCCUGUUCAUUUUGCUGAUAGGAACUUGUUUUUUGACCCCAACGCUACUUCGCUCGUGCUGAAUCUUUGGAAGGAUAGUUACAUGGUUCACAUCUGGAACAAACUAGUUCACCGUAAGGAGUUUAAGUCCGGAGACGGGAGUCCAAUGGAUCAUCUCUAUAAGGAGAAUUGUCCAGCAACUUAUUCUUACAUUGUGGAUCGAGGUCCAGUAAACUAAAUAUUGAUUCCACAUCUACAAACAGUAUGCACAAAUAUACCUUUGAAAUGCACUUCAAAAACACCAACUUUAGUAAUUCAUCCUCAACUAUUCUGCACCAAACAAAAUGUUACCUUUCUUCAAUGUAAUUUGUAUUUUAGGGAAAACAUGCUUAAUAAAAGUUGUAGGUGAA